AUGGCAUCUCCCUCCAAGCUACAGACCUUCCCAUCGAAGCCGCGGGUCUUCAUCCUGAGCGAUAUCUCUAAUGAGCCUGAUGAUGCGGAAUCGCUAGUGCGGUAUCUGCUGUACUCAAAUCAGUUCCAGACCGAGGGACUGGUUGCGUGUACAUCGACAUGGAUGAAGAACAAGGUUUGUCCGCAGGACAUGCACAAGAUUGUCGAUGGCUAUGAGAAGGUUGUCGAUAACCUCAACGCUCACGCCCAUCCGAACGACCCCUACCCCACAGCACAGUACUUGAGAUCUUUGAUCAAGAAGGGCGCAGAGAGUUACGGCAUGACUGCAGUGGGCGACGACAUUCCCCUCAGCGAGGGCGGCGAACUGCUCCUCGAGCGCAUCCAGGCCCCAACAGAUGACCCUCUCUGGAUUCUCUGCUGGGGAGGAACCAACGUACUCGCCUCCGUCCUCCUUAAAAUCCACAAAACCCAUUCCGCCGCCGACGCCGCCAAGCUGCGCUCCAAGUUGCGUGUCUACACAAUUUCCGAUCAGGACGACACGGGCGCCUGGAUCCGCCACCACUGCCCAGACAUUUUCUACAUCUGCUCCGUCCAUGGAUGGAACCAGUAUGGCAUGGCUGCAUGGACUGGAAUCUCCGGUGACGGGUGGUACGGCUUCGACAAGGGCGGUCCCGACCCGACCAAGAUCAGCAAGGAGUGGAUCAAAGAGCACAUUCAGAUCGGACCACUAGGCUCUACAUAUCCUGACUUUAUGUUCAUUCCCGAGGGCGACACCCCGACUUUCCUAUACAUGAUUCAGAACGGGCUCGGCGUCCCCGAACGCCCUGAGUUUGGGUCCUGGGGUGGCCGUUAUAUCCCGACGGAUAUUAGUGGCAAGGGUGUGACUAAUGGGCAUUUCAGCGAUACUGUUGAUGAAGUCACUGGCAAGGAUGGCCGGCAGUACAAAUCCAAUCAAGCCACUAUCUGGCGCUGGCGCGAUGCAUUCCAGAAUGAUUUUGCGGCUCGCAUGCAGUGGUCGCUCUCACCGCAGCUGAACAAGGUAAAUCAUCACCCUGUCGUGGAUAUCAAUGGUAGCACGGGUCUUGAGCCGCUGCAAUUUGAGCUUGAGGCCGGAACGACAUUCAAGCUUGAUGCUUCUGCCUCGUAUGAUCCCGAUCCGAACGACUCUCUUACUUUCAAAUGGUAUCAGUACCGCGACCCCAGUGCGACCCAGUGGUCCGUUCAUCAUGAGGUUGGUCAGUUGGACAUCAAGCCGCUGAACGAGGCUGGCAGCAUUGUCGAGGUUACGCUUCCGCCGCCCGAGAAGUGCUGUGUGGAGCUCAUUAGUCGGGCUGCUGUGCCCAAGGGUCAGCUCUUGCAUCUGAUCCUGGAGGUGAAGGAUAAUGGAUCACCUGCGUUGAUCACCUACCGCCGAGUCAUCAUUCAGACGACAAAUGAAAAGCUGCUGGGCGGUGGUGGUGGCGCCGAUGCCAUUGGUGACACGAUGCGGGAUGUCAUCAAUCAAUAG